CACCAUGAUUUCCUCUGUGUUCAACACACACUCACGGACUUCUUCCGAUCACCAUCUUCCUCUAUUUUUCACAAAGAAAUUUAGCGGUUUCUUUGCUGGAACAAAUCUUUCUUUGUGCCUGUGAAAUCAAUCUAUCUGUGUUGUAGAAAUGGCUUUGGCUUUCACUUCUUCAUCUGCAAUUCAUGGGUCUUUGUCGUCAUCUUCUUCUUAUGAACAACCCAAAGUAUCCCAAUUGGGUACCUUUCAGCCAUUGGAAAGGCCUCAACUAUUGUCGUCGACUGUUUUGAAUUCUCGGAGGCGUUCGGCAGUGAAGCCAUUGAAUGCUGAGCCUAAGAGGAAUGAUUCAAUAGUUCCGUCAGCAGCUACCAUCGUGGCUCCUGAGGUAGGAGAGAAUGUUGAGGCAGAGGACUUUGAGAAAUUGGCUAAGGAGCUUCAAAAUGCUUCCCCUCUUGAGGUUAUGGACAAAGCACUAGAGAAAUUUGGGGAUGACAUUGCUAUUGCUUUCAGUGGUGCUGAAGAUGUUGCUUUGAUAGAGUAUGCACAUUUAACUGGCCGACCAUACAGAGUAUUCAGCCUUGAUACUGGGAGGUUGAACCCGGAGACAUACCAAUUAUUUGACACAGUGGAGAAGCACUAUGGCAUUCGCAUUGAAUACAUGUUCCCUGAUUCAGUUGAAGUUCAGGCCUUGGUUAGGACCAAAGGGCUUUUCUCUUUCUAUGAGGAUGGCCACCAAGAGUGUUGCCGUGUAAGGAAGGUUAGACCCUUGAGGAGAGCCCUAAAGGGCUUACGUGCCUGGAUCACAGGUCAGCGUAAAGAUCAGUCCCCUGGAACUCGAUCAGAAAUCCCCAUUGUUCAGGUGGACCCUUCUUUUGAGGGGUUGGAUGGCGGUGCUGGUAGCUUGGUGAAAUGGAACCCCGUGGCUAAUGUGGACGGAAAAGAUAUUUGGAACUUCCUGCGUGCCAUGAAUGUGCCUGUGAACUCAUUGCAUUCACAAGGAUAUGUAUCCAUUGGAUGCGAACCUUGCACAAGGCCAGUCCUACCAGGGCAACACGAGAGAGAGGGAAGAUGGUGGUGGGAAGAUGCCAAGGCCAAGGAAUGUGGCUUGCACAAGGGCAACAUCAAGGAUGAAAGUAUAGAUGGCGCUGUCCAAACAAAUGGUACUGCUACCAUUGCUGAUAUUUUUGAUACCAAGGACAUUGUUACUUUGAGUAAGCCUGGAGUAGAGAACCUACUAAAAUUGGAAGACCGAAGAGAGCCUUGGCUCGUUGUUCUUUAUGCACCUUGGUGCCAAUUUUGCCAGGCAAUGGAAGGAUCCUAUGUUGAAUUGGCUGAGAAGUUGGCUGGUUCUGGUGUGAAAGUGGGGAAAUUUAGGGCAGAUGGUGACCAGAAAGCAUUUGCACAACAAGAAUUGCAGCUUGGCAGCUUCCCUACAAUACUCUUCUUCCCAAAGCACUCUUCAAAGGCCAUUAAGUACCCUUCAGAGAAGAGGGAUGUAGACUCCUUGCUGGCUUUUGUGAAUGCUCUUAGAUGAAAAGCAAAUGGUGUUUGAUCAAUCACCAUUGUUUUGACAAAGAAGUAAUACAAGAGGGAGAUAUGGGGGAGUUGUAGAAUAUAGUGAAGAAUGGUGGCAAAGUGCACCUUCCUCUUUGUGCUUUCUAAGUUUCUUCUUGUAUGGUGUUUUUGGUAUAUGGUUGCUCUCCCUUCUCCUCCUCUUCAUUUUAUUUUCCUUAGGUCCUACUUAGGACAAAUAAGUUUUUUACUUUCCCAUCAUUCUCAAGUAGAGAAGUAUAUAUGUCUGAGGGCUCAAUUUUGUUGGUUGAAGCAAAAGUGUUUACUUUCUCCAUCUUCUCUCAUUCUU